AUGUAUUUCCUCAGCGGCUGGCCCAAGAGGCUGCUCUGCCCUAUAGAGGCUCAGGAGCCCCUGCUCGGCAUUCAGGCCGACCCGCAGAGGACUUUGUUCGCCGUGUUGUCCCCGUCCCAGCUCGGCAUCUGGUACAACAGGCCCAGUGUGCUAAUUGUAAGCUACAAAGAAACACUAAAAGCUGUGUCGCAGUUUGGACAUUAUGACCAAGCUGAAUGGAAGCCUGACAGUACCAUGAUAGCUGUUUCGACUGCAAAUGGAUACAUAUUAUUUUUCAAUCUUCUUUCUGCAAGAGACAAAUACUUGUAUGAGCCAGUGUAUCCCAAAGGAAGCCCCCAUCUGAAAGGAACACCGUAUUAUAAGGAAGAACAAUGUGCUCCAUCAUUAAAUCUAGAGAAGAAACAAGUGCUAGAUUUACAAGCAGCUAUUACCAGUUUACAGUCCAUGCUAGAGGAUCUGAUCAUUGCUACGGCUGAUGGUCUUCUCCAUCUUAUUCACUGGAAUGGCUUGACGAAUGGAAGGAAAGCCAUAAAUCUCUGUACAGUACCAUUUUCAGUGGAUCUACAUUCAUCUAGAGGUUCUUUUUUGGGUUUUGAAAAUGUGCACAUAAGAAAUAUGGAAUACUGUGCUACUCUUGAUGGAUUUGCCGUAGUGUUUAAUGAUGGUAGAGUUGGUUUUAUUACACCAAUGUCAAGUGGAUUCACAGCCGAGCAACUCCAUGGUGUUUGGGCACAGGAGGUUUUCGAUGGGACUUGUGUGGCUAUAAACAACAAGUACAGAUUAAUGGCAUUUGGCUGUGCAAAUGGUUCUGUGCAAGUGUAUACAAUAGAUCAUUCCACAGGGGCCAUGCAACUGUCUCACAAACUGGAACUAACACCCAAGCAAUAUCCCGAUAUUUGGAACAAAACAGGGGCUGUUAAACUCAUCAGAUGGUCUCCUGAUAAUUGUGUUGUUAUGGUGACCUGGGAAUGUGGAGGCCUGUCUUUAUGGAGUGUAUUUGGAGCCCAUCUUAUUUGUACUCUAGGAGGUGACUUUAUUCAUCAAACUGAUGGUACUAAAAAGGACCCUCUAAAGAUCAGCUCUAUGAGCUGGGGAUCAGAAGGUUAUCAUUUAUGGGUAAUCGAUGCAAAUAAUUUUGGAAAUUCAGUGACUGAGAGCAAAAACAAAGGACAGCAUUUUGGUAUUUUGCAAUUUCAGUUCAUCAAAAGUGCACUCGCAGUUAAUCCUUGCAUAAGCAGCCAGGAGCAGGUCCUCCUUCAGGGAGAAGAUCGCUUAUACUUGAACUGUGGUGAUGUAGUGCAAGCUCAGAAUCCUAGAAGUUCCUCAGCACAUGCUGAACAUAAGACUGUCAGAGAAAGAGGCCAAUUUUCAUAUGAGAACUUAGAUUCUCAGGGUUUAAGCACUUUAUUAGGGCACAGACAUUGGCAUGUUGUACAGAUUCACAAUAUAUAUUUAGAAAUCAACUGGCCUAUAAGGUUUUCAGCCAUUGAUAAGAUGGGGCAGAAUGUAGCUGUAGUUGGCAAAUUUGGCUUUGCACAUUACUCUCUGCUUUCCAAAAAAUGGAAAUUGUUUGGCAACAUUACCCAGGAACAAAAUAUGACUGUUACUGGAGGCUUAGCAUGGUGGAAUGACUUCAUUGUCAUUGCAUGUUACAACUUAAGUGACCGCCAGGAAGAGCUAAGAGUAUAUUUACGAACAGCCAAUCUGGACAAUGCAUUUGCUCAUAUCACCAAAGUGCAGGCAGAAACAUUAUUGCUCAGCGUCUUUCGGGACAUCAUAAUUUUGUUCAGAGCAGACUGUUCCAUUUGCCUUUAUAGUAUUAAAAGAAAAUCUGAUGGCCCUAAUCCCACUACAAGUAUUCAGGUUCUGCAAGAGGUGUCUAUGUCACGUUAUAUUCCUCACCCUUUCCUUGUUGUGUCUGUUACUUUAACAUCAGUAAGAACGGAGACAGGUAUCAGCUUGAAAAUGCAACAGCAGGCCUGUGAAGCAGAGAGCAUUAUGUUAAAUUUAGCAGGACAGUUAAUCAUGGUACAGAGGGAUCGAUCAGGUCCUCAGAUACGCGAAAAGGAGAGUAGUCCUAACCAAAGGAAACUUCUGCCAUUUUGUGCUCCUGUUGUACUUGCCCAGUCUGUAGAAAAUGUUUGGACGACCUGCCGUUCUAACAAACAGAAACGGCACUUAUUGGAGGCUCUGUGGCUCAGCUGUGGGGGAUCAGGUAUGAAGGUCUGGCUUCCUUUGUUUCCCAGGGACCAUCGCAAACCACAUUCCUUUCUUUCAAGACGGAUCAUGCUGCCUUUCCACAUCAAUAUCUACCCCUUGGCUGUUUUGUUUGAAGAUGCCUUGGUUCUUGGUGCUGUCAAUGACACUGUGCUUUACGACUGUUUAUACACUCACAGCAGUGCUGUUGAACAUUUAGAGGUCCUCUUCCCCUUCUGUAUUGUUGAGAGAACAUCUCAGAUCUACCUCCAUCACAUUUUACGCCAGCUUUUGGUGAGGAACCUAGGUGAACAAGCCUUGCUUUUGGCUCACUCUUGUGCCGCAUUACCAUAUUUUCCUCAUGUACUAGAACUGAUGCUCCACGAAGUGCUGGAAGAAGAAGCUACCUCGCGGGAUCCCAUUCCCGAUCCUCUCCUUCCCACUGUGGCUAAAUUUAUUACAGAGUUCCCCCUCUUCCUACAGACUGUUGUUCAUUGUGCUAGAAAAACAGAAUAUGCCCUGUGGAAUUAUCUCUUUGCUGCUGUUGGAAAUCCAAAAGACUUGUUUGAAGAGUGUUUAAUGGCCCAGGAUUUAGACACAGCUGCAUCUUACCUUAUUAUUCUGCAGAAUAUGGAGAUUCCAGCAGUUAGUAGGCAGCAUGCAACUCUGCUAUUCAAUACAGCUUUGGAGAAAGGAAAGUGGGAUCUUUGUCGGCACAUGAUCAGAUUUCUGAAAGCCAUUGGCUCUGGAGAAUCGGAGACUCCUCCUACUACACCAACAACUCAGGAACCUACUUCAAGUGGUGGCUUUGAGUUCUUCAGACAUCGCAGUAUUAGCUUGUCUCAAUCUGGAGAGACACUUCCAGCUGGCAAAUUUAACUUGCAAAAAACCCUGAGCAUGCCAUCUGGCCCAUCUGGGAAAAGAUUGAGCAAGGAAAGUGAUUGUGCUGAGAACAUGUAUAUUGACAUGAUGUUGUGGAGACAUGCUCGACGUCUUCUGGAAGAAAUCAGGCUUAAGGAUCUUGGUUGUUUUGCUGCACAGCUGGGCUUUGAGUUGAUAGGCUGGUUGUGCAAAGAGCGUAACAGAGCUGCCCAUGUGGACGAUUUUGUGACUGCCUUGAAGAAAUUACACAAUGAUUUUCUUUGGCCAUUUCCCAUUAUCCCAGUGUGCUCCAUAAAUUCACCUCUGAAGAAUGGAAAAUGUAGGACAGUAAUAGGUGAACAACUCUUAAAAUCACAGUCUGCUGACAGCUUUUUAAACAUGGAAAUAGACAGUGGCCUCCCAGAUGUACCAAGGAGUCAUAGCUGGUUUGGUGCCAUCAGCUCCUCCCAAAGAGAGAUGGAUACAGCAUCUUCCCACGGCCCUCAAAUGCAGGAGGCAUUUCUCUCACCUUUGUUAAGUAAAGUGGGUGAUGAGGGGAGCAUUGGCUCCGCCACGGAUCUGACAGAAACAAGCUCUAUUGUGGAUGGAGACUGGACUAUGGUGGAUGAAAAUUAUUCCACCUUGAGUCUGACGCAGUCUGAAUUGGAACAUAUCUCUUUGGAGCUAGCCAGCAAAGGGCCACACAAAUCACAAGUUCAGCUGCGGUAUUUGCUUCAUAUUUUCAUGGAAGCAGGAUGCCUGGACUGGUGCAUGGUCAUAGGCCUCAUCCUUCGAGAAUCCUCAGUCGUCAAUCAAGUGUUUAGUCUAGCGCAGUCUUCAGAGGUUGAUGGGGAGAUGUUGCAGAACAUUAAGACAGGACUGCAGGCAGUAGAAAGCUGGGCUUCUGUAGACUGUCCUGGCUAUAAGCCAUUUUUAACCAUUAUCAAGCCACAACUGCAGAAACUGAGUGAGAUAUCAGAGGAACAGGUACCACUGGAAGUCUUUCAGCCUACAAAUCUAUCAAGGGUGCCUGAACAAGCCAGUCCAAGGGUGGAGGAGAACCGGAUUUCAGCUAACCACAGCGCUAGUCCUCAAAAUGAGGCUGGUCCUAAUACUUCAAUUCGACAUGAUGAGGACAUGAUUGGACUGGAGAAGGAAGACCAUCCCCCUCAGGAAGGCAGUUAUGAUUGUACUGUCUCCUGACAGAAUCAGACAUGAUAACUGUUUCAGUAAAGCUUCGUAAUGAUGGCAUUGAAGAAUAUACUGCUAUUAGAAGAAAGUACAGUAAUCACUUUUUUCCAAAACAUAUGUUUAGUUUUGCUUUACUUUGUUUUUGUUUUUAAUGAAUACUUCUUUUUACAUGUGAUGACUAGAGAAUCUCCUUGAAUUUGUGAACGCUUUCCCAGUAACUUCCUCAAUUCUUUUGUUUAUCUGAUUCUAUGAAAAGCAGCAAUAUUCGCCUGUAUUCCAAGAUUUAUUUGAAGCUCUUGUAAGCUCUUUUUCCUUAAUCAUGCAGAACACCUACUCUAUAUCAGUGUAUAUGAUCUUUAUUGCAUUUUUUUAAAAUGAAAGAAAAAAAAACUUGGAGACAAUUCUAAAAUUUACCCAUCUGCACCAUCCCCAACCCAGUUUUUGAACCAAAACUUGAACAAGUUGACAAUGAAGCUUGCUCAGAUGAAAUGUUGAUGCAUUCUGUGUAGUUUAAUUGCCUAAAGGAAAUGAUGGCCUGAUUAAGCUAAAUUCUGUUCUAUAAAUUAUGCAGGUAUCAGAAAUUUGACAUCACCAAAUAUUAUAUAUUAAAGAUUGUAAAAUACAUUGUAUCUUUUGUGAAUACUCUUAUAUAUUUUCAAUAGACUGUUUCUGCUUUUGGCUUUGCUCCACAGUGUAGGGUAGCUUUAUCUAUCUUGCAUGUUUGUACUUUUAACUCCAGGAAAGCUAAAAGUAAAGUUGCACUUGUAUCAGAAUGCAACUGACUUUUCAUCUGGCAUUAUUUGCAGUUUCAUUUUGUCAUUUAGUCUGUUCAGAUCCAUUCUGAGCAAAAAGAUUUUAAACGAAUUACUGAAUUCUUAUUUAUUUCAAUUGUAAAGAUGCUUUCCUCAAGAUUAUUUUUGUGUAAAUAAAACCACUUUAUAUAUUACUGCUAUUAAGACUUUGUAAUGGCAAUGUACAGUGUGUAUAUAUAAGCCACCAUCUUGCUAAUAUUUUAUAAUGCAUAUACUUGUAACUAAAAAAAUGUUUAUUUUAACUUUCAUACAACAAUAUUAUGAAAAACUGGCUGCAGCAGAAUCUCAUGUUUGCUUGAGGUACUUAUUUUUUCAAUCUGCUGACUCCAGAUUGGUAUUAUAAAUACUGAUAUGUAAUAUUAAAUACCUGUAACAGUAUUAAAAUUUAAAUAUUGUUUGGCUUGUACUGUGCAGUUGGGAAAAAUGCAGAACUACUACUUUUUCUACAGAAACCUAAUACUUAUUUUUAUAAUAAGGGUGUAAUUAAUACAUACAUGGACCAAAAUCAUUUAUCUUUUAGGUAGUAUGAGAAUCAGCAUCAGCCACAGUCAUAGUUCAUGAAAUUCUCUAUGCGAAUUCUGAAUGAAUAUAUUAUGAACAGUCAAAAAUAUUGCUUCCUAACCUUAGCAAAUUGAAGGUGAGUGGUCUUCAACUCCCAGAAUUCUCAGCAAUGGUUGCUGGAAAUUGCCAAGGUUGGAAAACCUGGUUAAGAGGGUCAAGAAAAAUACUGGUUAUGACUUUAUAUAUUUGCUUAGAAAGGCAUGGUCAUGUCUUUUUAUUGAUAAAUGUAAUUAGACAGAUUUUAUUGCUGUUGUGUAACCUUUACCAUUGGUAAGACUAUAAGUAGUGGUACAUGUGCAAUAACUUUUAAAUAAAAUAUAAAGGGGUGGAAAUGACCUAACUUUUC